ACCGGAGCCCACCGGCGCGCUCGGGGGGCUCUUCCCGGCCCCGCCUCUUCCGGGCCCGCCUCUCCCGGCGGCGCGCGCUCCCGGCGCGUGGCCAGCGGCAGGAUGGCUCCCCGCGGGAAGAAGCGCGGAGCCCAGCAGCCGGCAGCGGCCGAGGCACCGGAGAAGGCGGGAGCCCCGCAGAAGCGGGCGCGGGCCCAGGCCCAGGACGAGAGCAGCCCCGGGGAUACCGGCCCCCGUGUGGUCAUCGAGCACUGCAAGAGCUGACGCGUGUUCGGGCGGAACGCGGCGGCGGUGAGCGCGGCCCUGCGCGGGGCCAUGGCCCAGCUGCCCGUGGACAUCAACCCCCGGCCGCCGCGCAGGAACAGCUUCGAGGUGUCCCUGGUGAAGGAGGACGGCAGCACCGUGGAGCUGUGGAGCGGUAUCGGGAAGGGGCCCCCCCGCAAGCUGAAGUUUCCCCAGCCGGAGACCGUGGUGGAAGCCCUGAAGAACAACUUUGCAUAGAGACGUUGGCCACGUGAGCGGGGAUGGGACUGGAUGGCUGGGAUGGGACCAACAGGGACCGACUUCCCUCUCUCCACAGCCGAGCCAGGACCGGUGCAGGUGGCAUGAGCAUCCAUGAAGAGGCGAGACCAAGUGGGGGGCACCUGCCAGCCCCAGUCCCGUCCCUGAUGCUGUAGCUCUGCCACUGCCACACCCCUGGCUCCCUCCAUACCCUGUUGUCCCCCCAGUCUCCAAUAAAGUUCAGUAC